AUGCCUAGUCCUACAUCUGGUGUCACUAUAAAUAUAAGAGAGAAACCUACCGAUAAUGAAAAUCUACCAUAUAUAUAUGGAUCUGACCAAGUUAGGCUGGAAAGAGGAGAAAAUCCUCCUGGCUCUGGCUUCUUAAUGUUUAAGCAUACUUCGCCUAAUGGACAACCUUUUCAGGUUGACAAAGUGAUGUUUGGAGAUGCUCAGGUUUCAGAUAUAGGAGUUAACUAUGGUGAUAAGAUUGAUCACCUUGCAGUAUGGUACUGGAGAGAAACACUUGAAACUAUGACAAACCCUCUUCUAGCAGAGGUAUUUAGGAAUGGAAGUUACACUUACAACUAUAACAAAGGAGGUAUGGAAACAAGCUGGACUUCACUUCCCAUAAUACAAAAUCCUCGACCUAUUCCACUCCAUAAUAAAGACCUAGAAACUCAGCUUGAUGGCCUUAACUGCUAUCUCAAUGAUGCAGUUACUUUGAAUCUAACUUUUGAGAAUUCUAGCAAACUUUCAAACAAUAGUGCUCGUGGUAAGAACACCUACUGUUGCAUUACUCAUAGUCCUAAUGCUACUAGCGGGAGGGUCUCUGUUGAGAAAGUAAAAGUUUCUUGUAAACAAAACCCUAAUCAUCGUAGUGCCGACUGCUACAAACAUGAAUUUACUCCUAGCAAUGGAUGGAGGCUUGCAGCUAUCAAGUACGAUCCUACUGGUGGGUCUACUAGGAAUAGAAUAAAUUUGAAUGGACACAAAUCUCCUCCAAGCGUAACAACCGUAUAUGCAUUCUACAAAGACAAUAAUCCAAAACUGAUAUACGUUGAAGGAAAUGAGGAAAACAAGUGGUUUAAAAGUCCUACUGGUGGUAACAGCAACGACGAAAACUGGGAAAAAGUCUUGACUGACCUCCAAGGUAUAAAACCUACUAACUUUAAUAGCCUUACCUGUAACCAAUGGAGUAAACUCAAAGAAGCACUAACAGAGGCUGGAUGUGGAAGCUUGCCAAAAUGUCCUCAAGAACAUUCUCAAUCCUCAUUUCGACUAAGUGCCGGUGGAGGAUCUCCUUCUACUCCUCCUGGACCUCAAGGACCUUCUGGUAUAGAUGGUUAUAGAGGAGAUACGGUGGAAAAAGGUACUCAAGAUACUAAAUCACUACAAGAACAAGAACAACAACAACGUACUAAAGAAUCUGAAGAACUAAGACAAGAAGUCAAAGAAGCCGAAGGUGAAGGCUCUGAAAAGGAAAAACUCAAAAAGAAAGAAGAGGAAGAUGGUGUUCAAGUUACUAAUGGUGAUCAAACUGGAUCUACUGAAUCCUCAUCUCCAGAGCAAGGUGCUGCUGAAGGAGACCCUGAUGGACCUGGUAGAGGUGGUGAUGGUACCGCUGCUGAAUUUGGUACUGGGGCCGCUGAAGCUGGCAUUUUUGCUACUAUUGGAUACUUUAUUGCUGGAACUACAGGAUCCGGCGCAGCUGGUUUCUUGGGAUAUAAGGGUUAUAAGUUAUACCAAAACUUUAAAGGAGAUCCAUGGGUUAGACAGAUUUAG